GUUGGUUGAGCCAGCCAUCCAGCCAUUUGAUACCCAAGCACAGCAGAGCAACAUGUCGGAGAAGGCGCCGCAGGUGCUGGGCGGCACACGCCCCAACGUGGACGAGCGUUUCCACCUGAAGGACGUGGACGAGAACAACGAGGAGAACAAGGCGCCGGCUCCGUCCAUCUACGCAUUGCAGGCUGAGGAUGACGUGCCCGAGGUCACAACGAUGGAGAGUUUGUGCAUGAAUUGCCACGAGGACGGCACGACAAAGCUGCUGCUCACCAUGAUCCCAUACUUUCGCGAAGUUAUCCUCAUGUCAUUUGAGUGCGAACACUGUGGCUUUAAGAACAGCGAGGUGCAGUUCGGCGGCAAAGUGCAGGAGCAAGGCGCCAAGAUCGAGCUCGAGCUCACGGACAGAGAGGACCUUAACCGUCAGCUGAUUAAGGCCGAUGCCGGUGUUAUCUUCUUCCCGUCGCUGGACUUUGAGAUCCCUCGCGAGACACAGCGAGGAAGCAUCAACACCAUUGAAGGUGUACUGCAGAAAGCUAUUGAGGACCUGCGUGAGAACCAGGAACACCGUCGUGAGAUCGACCCUGAGACCACCGAGAAGAUCGACGAGUUCAUCGCCAAGCUCGCCAUGAUGUCGGCUGGAAUUACACUGCCAUUCACUAUUGUGUUGGACGACCCGUCCGGUAACUCGCACAUUGAGAACCCUCACGCGCCUGCUGCUGACCCCAAGAUGAAGGUUACGCACUACUACCGCUCGGAACAGCAGGACCUGGACUGUGGACUGCAACCCGAUAUGUCCCAUGACGCUCCUUCGCAGGCUCCGCGUGUGCUGCCGCACCGUAACGAGGGUCUGGAUAAGUUCGUGGAAGAGGCCAACAUCGCCAAGAAGGAGGUGAUCCAGAUCCCUGCCAACUGCUUCGCGUGUCAAGCGCCUGGUGUGUCGUGCAUGUGCAUGACGGACAUUCCUCACUUCAAGGAGGUGAUCAUCAUGUCGUUCAACUGCGAGGCUUGUGGCUUCAAGACCAACGAAGUGAAGGCUGGUGGUGCCAUCCCGCCCCAGGGCGAACGUAUUACACUUAAGGUGGACCCCAGCAAGGACCCGGAUGUCAUGGAUCGCGAUAUCCUCAAGGCUGACUCAGCAUGUGUCAACAUUCCCGAGAUUGAGCUGGAGAUGGCGCACGGAUCGCUUGGUGGACUGUACACGACAGUGGAGGGUCUGCUGGACAAGGUUCGUCAGAACAUCGAGGAAGGCAACCCGUUCGCCGUUGGUGACAGUGACGGCGGUCGCUCGCUACUGAACGCCUGGCUGGCGCGUCUUGACUCUCUGAAGCGUGGCGCUGAGCCCUUCACGCUCGUUCUGGAAGACCCACUGGCCAAUUCUUUCAUCUACUCGCCAUUUGGUGCUGCCGAGGACGAUCCGUACAUGACGGCGGAGAAGUUUACGCGCACGGAGUAUGAGGACGACGUGCUCGGUAUUACAGACAUGAAGGUGGAGAACUACUCGACCGACACUGGUCUGGGCAGCAUCACUGAGGAGGAGGAGGGCAAGGCUGAGCCUAUUCGUAGUGACAAGGAGACCAUGGGCGGCGGCCGCGCUAUCGACCCGUCCAAGUACCACCCGAAUCCGGCGGCCGUCAUGGAAGUGCGACAGCAGCUAGAGCAGGAGAAGAAGCAGCAACUGUAGGAUGAGGCUGCAAUGGCGACGUGCUCCAAGCAGAGAGGCUGGCAGAGCGCUUGUGACGAGCACCCUCCAUUGCGAAUACAACAAGCACUCUAAAUAGAUGACUACUUUUUUGCCACAA